CUGAGUGUUGUUUGUAUUCUCCUUAUUAUGGCAGGAAAUGAGUGAUUAAAAGUGUAAAUUAAUGACAAGUGGAGUUGUUUUUGUUCACAGGUGAGGCUCUCUCAUGGAGGCAGUGUGUGAGCAGGUCCAUGGAGGUGAAGAAGAGGAGGCAGGAGAGCAUGAAGCCAUGCUGUGGUCCCUCAUGGAGGCAGUGGAGAGGCAGACCCUGCAGAUAGGAGCAUCAGCCUGCGGGGCCACAGCUGUGGUGGACGUGCUGAAGGUCCUGGGUGUGGAUGUGGCCCCUGAGGAAGCAGACCUCUGCGUCCAGACCCGGCUGAGGAGGACCCAGUCCCCCCUGCCAGACUACCUGCUCUCCCGCAGUGAAGCAGGUGCGACCUACUCUCAGCUCAUCCAAGGAGCAAAAGAGGCCAGUAAGGGGAAGGUCGCAGGUCGCUUCUUCCCCUUUUACCCUCGGCGGCAGGUCCGACUGAUCCCCUGGCUUGCACGCUGGAUCCGAAACGGAGCCGUUCCCGUGGCGACCAUGAACAUGCAGCUGGCCGUGCCCGAGGGAGAGGAGGUGCCGGACGCCUGGCACCAUCAGCUCAUAUUUGGCGUCGCACCCAAUACUGUUUUUAUGACUAAUCCUUUAGAUGUAGAAUGUGAAGAAGAGGUGCACCAGAGAAUCUGCAGUGAAUCUGUGUUGCUGAUUCGUCGAGAAGAUGUCCUGCAGAGACUGACGCCAGAUUGCUGUCUGUCCAGUUUAUCAGAGAGUCAGUCCGAGCCGCAGUGGAAAGCCCUGGAUAUCGAGGGUCAAGUGAGGCAGAUGGCCCUCGAAGAGGAACAGGAACCAGAUCGACCCAAGUUAACGCACAUCACCAUCCCGACAGUCCACAGCUCAGGAAUCACACUGUUCGCCCUGCGAGAGUCACCGCUAGGACAAGAACUGCUCAAUGCCCCUGAACUCCCUCUGCUGUGACGGUGCUGCCUACUCACGGACUUGGAAGACUUAUUUAUUGUGACAUGAAAAUAUUGAUCCAAGUGUUUAGGGUUUAGGGUUCAUCAGAUAUGCUCCCUGCUGAAGUGAUACGACUGGAAGAGAGAUACAAAGUAAGAGAGAGUGAGCUUCAACAAAACACGUGAUAUUUUAUCUGUACUGAUGACGGAGCUGUUGCACAUAAACAUAUGAACCAUAUAAACGUUUGCACAGUCAGAGAAUGUAUUACAAAUGUUUGCUAGUCCUAUAAAGGGACUAUAAAACAGUGCACAACAAAAAACUUGUUGGUUUUCUAACCUAAACACUGUCAUCCAUGUUUCUGUGAUUGAUUCUUACCGGGGAUUAUUAACAGUUUCUUUUAAAUUCAUCACCUGAAUUAAGUUUGUUUCAAAUAAUGAGAGGAGCACUCAUGCAAGCUGGCUGUCUUUUUUUUUUACUCCUGCAUUGACCAUUAUAACUCAUUGUGCCAAAGCUUUCCCUCAUCUGCUCCUUGCUGCAUCAGGCCCCCUAAACUAGAGAUCAGAUCCCAUCAGUCCCUAUUUGGCCACUUCACACCAUCUUGCAGUCAACUUUAGGAUUGACUUUCAGAACAUAUUGAUUUCUCUCAAAGCAGUAAAUGGCAGAGCUCCAGCUUAUAUUUCAGCGCUGUAAAUCCUGAUGGUCAAAAGCUUAUAUAAGCAGACUAAACUCAUCUGAUUGCUCCAAAGCGAUAGUUAGCUCUGAAGGUGGUAGUGACUGCAGCCAGGGUACUUGGAUGUUGGCACAAUUAAAGAAUAUCCAUCAGUUUUC